CUUGAAUACGAUAAAUUUGGUCAACCAUGUGGUAAGUGGCGUCAUAUGUAUGGGCAACAAGUUGGCCUUUGAAUGCGCAAACUUUCCAUUUUGACAACAUGGAAAGUGGUGACGGAGGGUAUGAAGAAGGCAUUGUGGGAAGAUACAGUGAAUUUAUUUCAUAUUGAACCUGAUGAAGCUAAGAAGGAAGUAUUUUUAUCAGCUGUUGCAAAGAGAUUUAGAGACUUCAAGACAAAGCUAGUGAGUGGAUGGAUGACUUUAAGAAGAAAAAGAACCAAGUCUAAGAAGUUGACAGAAGGAAAGGAAAAGGAGAAUGAGGAAGGAGAGGAAAAGGAAAAGGAGAAUGAGCAAGGACGGGUGGAGUUGCCUUAUGAGAUAUGGGAUCACAUCACAGAAGAGGAUUGGGAAGCAUUUGUUGCCCAAAAAACUACUCCGAAAGCAGUUGAAAAGCGCACUAAAGCUUAUAUAAGUUCAAGCAAGAAGAAGUUUAAUCAUCAUAUGGGUCCUAAAACUUAUGAGCAGAGUAGAAAGGAGUGUCUUGAAGUAGAUGGUUUUUACCCGAGCAUUAGCUCAUCGUCGGGGGGAACUUCUAGCUCUACAAUUACGACAAAGAAGAUUGAUCGAGUUGCCGAUUGGUAUUGUUCACUUCAUAGUCGAGAUGCAAAUGGGAGAAGAACCAUUUCUGAUCCGGGAACGAAGAAGAUAGCCGAUGCUGUGCUUGGAUGGAAGCACAAAGAGGUUGCAGGUGAGUUCGUUCCCAAAGCGAACAAGGAUGCCUUAUAUAUGGUACUAGGUAAGGAUCAUGAUGGACGCGUGAAAGGGAAAGGAGGGGUACGACUAGGCUUGAAAAAAGCUUACGGUGAAGAGUACUCCGCAACAAGAUCAAGCUCAAUUUCUAAUGCAUCACAAGAUAUGGAGCGCAAAAUGAAAUCUGCAAUAGAGGAGCUUGAGAAGAGGAUGAAGAAUCAAUUCAAUGCCAUCUUGGAGCACAUGGGAUUAACUAGCUUUGACGAGCGCAAUAUCACUCCAGGAGACAAAUUAAGCCAACAAGAUCCUGAGACACCUAGAGAGACACCUAGAGAAGUACCUGGUUUGAUACCUAAUCCUCCACUACUUGAUCCCCCUACCUAA